AUGAACAGUCCGACAAGCAAUUUCAACGACGAGAAUUCCGCCAUUGUUUCAGCACUCCGGCAUGUGAUUUGCGAUGGAAACAUCGCCACUCCAAGCACAAGCAGUGAUGUAAUCGGAAAUUCUCAGAGUCAACCGUCGCCGGGGGAGUAUGAAAUCUGCGGCGAAUGUGGAAUGCGAAUCCCGGAUCACUGUUUGGGGUGUCAAAUGUUCACCGGAAAUAGUGGUGAAGAGACGGGAAAGAGAACGAAGAAUGUCUACAGAGGAGUUCGUCUCCGGCCGUCGAGGAAAUGGGCGGCGGAGAUAAUGGUUCCGGGAACGCAUGAGCGGAAGUGGCUGGGGACUUUCGAUACUGCAGAAGAGGCUGCCAGAGCUUACGACGUCGCCAAUAUUCAGUAUAGAGGAAAGAAAGCCAAGACCAAUUUUCCGGUGGAGGAGUACUCAGAAAACGCCAACUAG